AUGGGUAUCAAAAUUGAUAUGGCUAAAACUUUUGACAGGGUUGACUGGGAUUUCCUAUUAGCUAUUAUGAAGAAAAUUGGGUUUAACAGGUGUAGUUUAAUUCACCAAUGUAUAUCUACCACUACUUCUGCUGUGUUUGUCAAUGGGUCUCCUGACAAAUUCUUUAAACCAUAUAGAGGUCUAAGACAAGGUGACCCAUUGUCACCUUAUCUCUUAUUCUUCUUAUGCAUGGGAGCUCUCUCAAGAACCCUGUCCAAUGCUGAGGAUUUGGGAUUAAUCACUGGAAUAAAAAUAUGCAAGACUGCACCAUCUAUAAACCAUCUCUUGUUUGCAGAUGACUGCAUGGUUUUCUGCAAAUCCAAUAAGAUGGAGAGCCAAAAUCUUAUGGAUAUUUUCCACAUAUUCAGUAAAACUUCUGUCCAGCUAAUUAACUUCAAUAAGUAUGGGAUUUUCUUCAGCAACAACACUGACCCCAAUCUAAGCAACAUUAUCAGCAACAACAUGGGAGUCCAAGUUCUUAACCUUCAUGAUAAAUAUCUUGGCUCUCCUCUGUUUACUCACAGAAGCAAGAUUCUCUCCUUUAGGCCUGGAGGGGACAAACUGAAUCAAAGAUGGAUCAGCUGGAAGAAUAUCCCAUUGAAUCCUGCUAGCAGACAUGUCCUCAUCAGCUAUGUCACCUCCACCACCAGCAUAUACCAGAUGGAUUGCUUUAAACUCCCAAAGCAAACUCGCAAAGAUCUUAACAAGCUGCAAAGAGACUUCUUCUGGGGUAAAAGUUUAAAAAACCCAAAAGGGUAUUAUCCAAAGGUCUGGACAGCUGUUUGCAAACCCAAAGAUAUGGGAGGUUUAGGUUUCAAGAAUAUGGAACUCUUUAAUAGUGCCAUGAUAACAAAAAUAGGUUGGAGACUGGAAAGGGACAAAGACUCUCUCUGGUACCAACUUAUGGAUGCUAAGCAUCUCAUUGGUAGAAAUGUCCUUAAUAUGGACACUAAAUCAAAGGAUGAUGACUCAUGGAUUUGGAAAGACAUUCUAGAAGGCAUAAAUAAUAUCCAACAGUACAGUUCCUGGAGAAUUGGCAAUGAAAAGAAAAUUAGAUUUUGGGAGGAUAUUUGGAUUCCUUAA